GGCGGCUGCGGCGGCAGCGCGUGCGUGGUGGCUGAGGUGAAAUUCGGCCAGCGGCCUGCGCGCUGGUGUGUGCGCUGAGGUCCUCAGGCACCUCGACGGGAGCAGCGGGGCUGGAAAGUGCUUACUUCAUUGGAAACCAUCUAGCUGCAGAGGAUGAGUCUGCAGUGGGUCGCAGUUGCCACCUUCCUCUAUGCAGAGGUCUUUGCUGUGUUGCUUCUCUGCAUUCCCUUCAUUUCUCCGAAAAGAUGGCAGAAGAUUUUCAAGUCCCGCCUAGUGGAGCUGGUGGUGACAUAUGGCAACACCUUCUUUGUGGUUCUCAUUGUCAUCCUUGUGCUGCUGGUCAUUGACGCUGGCCGUGAGAUUUGGAAGUAUGAUGAUGUGACGGAAAAGGUGAACCUCCAGAACAAUCCCGGGGCUAUGGAACACUUUCACAUGAAGCUUUUCCGUGCCCAGAGGAAUCUCUACAUUGCUGGCUUUUCCUUGCUGCUGUCCUUCCUGCUUCGACGCCUGGUGACUCUUAUCUCCCAGCAGGCCACACUGCUGGCCUCCAAUGAAGCCUUUAAAAAGCAGGCAGAGAGUGCUAGCGAGGCGGCCAAGAAGUACAUGGAGGAGAACGACCAACUGAAGAAGGAAGCUGGUGCUGACGGAGGCAAGUUGCGCAUUGGGGAAGCUGAGGUGAAGGUGGAGGAAGAAAACAAGAGCCUGAAGGCUGAUCUGAAGAAGCUGAAGGAGGAGCUGGCCAACACCAAGCAAAAACUGGAGAAGGCUGAGAACGAGGCCCUCGCCAUGCAGAAGCAGUCAGAGGGCCUGACCAAGGAGUACGACCGCCUGCUGGAGGAGCACGCCAAGCUGCAGGCAGCGGUCGAUGGUCCCACGGACAAGAAGGAGGAGUGAGGAGAGGCGCUCUGUCCUCCCUGCCCACAGCUGCCUCCCACCUGGCACAUGCUUGCACAGUACCGCAGCUCACUGCCUUCUGCCUCCCCCUCCCCAGACGCACUUCCGUUGCUUGUUCCACCUCGGGCCGUCCCCUCUCCAGCAUUUGACAGGGGCCUGGUUUCUACAAAUUCCCUGUGAUUCUGCCCCAGCCCGCCCCCAGUUUCCAUUUCCAGAAGGUGUGGGCCGGCCUGGGUAGGGGCUGCUUCCUGGUUGUUGAGCCCCCUUUCCUCUGCUCCUGUGGGAGGGUGCAGCAGGCACAGCAGUUCUUGGGGCAAUAAAAGUUGUUGUUAUGAUGCAAA